GAGAGAGGUGUGGGGGAAGGGAAGAACCGGAUUAGGAUCGCCAUGACCGGAGCAGCACGGGACGGCGGUUCUGAACAGCCGCGGGGAAAGAAGUCAGUUUUUGGAGAUUAUGAGGCGUUCUGUUUGAUAAAGCUGGACUGAAGAAACCGUCUGAAUUCUUGGAAAAAGAAAGGAGAUCAUGUCUAGCUCAGGGACACCCGGUUCUUCGAAUUCGACCUCGAUCCAAUCGAACACGACUUCGACCGGUGCCACUCCCAUCUCUCUGCCGUCGCCACCGGCCUCUUCUUCCCCUCCAUCUGCCAAUGGCACCGACGGGUCAUUAGUGGGUGCGCCGCCGCCGCCCAAAUCGACUUCUCCGCCCGCUUCACCCCCGUCUCCACCGCCGCCUAGUUCCAACCCAUCCGCACCUCCUUCCAAUUCGAGCGCUUCACCUCCUAGUCCCCCGCCACCAUCCAGUUCCCCACCGCCGCCCCCGGCACCUUCACAAACAACGCCGCCUCCUAAAGCUUCCCCGCCACCGGCACCUACAUCUAAUUCGGGUUCCUCGCCGCCUUCUCCACCGCCCCCACCUCCAACAUCUCCCCCUCCCUCCCCUCAGCAAUCCUCGACUCCAUCCGGAUCACCUCCACCUUCUGACCAGCUUUCACCUCCUCCGCCCCCUGCACCGGCGAGUGGGACAGGUGGAGUUCCAUCUCCAGCUAACAGUCACCCUCCUCCGACUUCCAGCACCGGACCGUCUCCUCCGAUAGCAUCUAAUUCGCCUCCACCACCUUCGGUUCCUACAGUUAGCGGGUCGCCACCCACCACAACGCCCAGUUCAACUCCCGCAACACAAUCCGGGUCGGCACCUCCAUCUCAAACAUCUAGCAGACUUCCGGAUUCCACCAGCAAUUCCAGUUCAGGAGGAUCAAGCACAUCCUCAGGAAGCACUAAAACUGCCGUCGGCGUGGCAGUAGCUGGAGUUUUUGUUAUCGCACUUAUCGCUUUGGUUUUCUUAGUUAACAGGCGGAGAAAACGAAAGGAGGGCGCUUUUGCCUCGCAGUAUGUCCCGCCCACUAACUUCGCACUGCAAUCAGAUAAAUAUUACUAUGGGCAGCAAUCGCAUAUGAUGGGUGUAAAUGGCCAUUCAGGUCCCUACUAUGCGUCGCAAGGCCAGAACUCAUCUAUCGAAAACAGCUACGGGAGUCAGAUGGGAGGGAACAUGUACAACGGAGGUGGACCAGACUCCGAUGUAAUAACAAGUUCCAAGAGCUUCUUCACUUAUGAAGAGUUGAUGGAAAUAACCAGUGGAUUUUCUCGUCAAAAUAUCAUUGGCGAGGGCGGCUUCGGGUGCGUUUACAAGGGUUGGCUACCGGAUGGGAAAGUAGUUGCUGUCAAGCAGCUCAAGGCAGGCAGUGGACAGGGGGACAGGGAAUUCAAGGCCGAAGUAGAGAUUAUCAGCAGGGUUCAUCAUCGGCAUUUGGUGUCUUUGGUGGGCUAUUCGAUAGCCGAGAACCAGAGGCUGCUUAUAUACGAAUUCGUCCCCAACAAUACCCUUGAGCACCAUUUGCACGGGAAAGGAUUGCCAGUUCUGGAAUGGACCAAAAGAGUCAAGAUCGCCCUAGGCUCUGCAAAGGGUCUGGCAUACCUACAUGAAGAUUGCCAUCCAAAGAUUAUCCACCGAGACAUUAAGUCGGCAAACAUUCUGUUAGAUGAUGCCUUUGAAGCACAGGUAGCAGAUUUUGGACUUGCCAAACUAACUAAUGACGCUAAUACUCAUGUAUCCACAAGAGUCAUGGGGACAUUUGGGUACCUGGCACCAGAGUAUGCAUCCAGCGGGAAACUGACAGAUAGAUCAGAUGUAUUCUCCUUUGGGGUUGUGCUUUUAGAGCUUAUCACUGGCCGUAAACCUGUUGAUGCAACUCAGCCUUUGGGUGACGAAAGUUUGGUUGAGUGGGCUCGUCCAUUGCUUAUCCGAGCCCUUGAAACUGGGGACUUGAGCGAGCUAGUGGAUCCACGGCUAGAGAAGAGUUAUGUGGAGGGUGAAAUGCUCAGAAUGAUUGAGGCAGCUGCAGCUUGUAUACGCCAUUCUGCUGCAAAGAGGCCUCGUAUGGUUCAGGUUGUAAGAGCACUCGACAAUGAUGGCGACAUGUCCGAUCUAACAAAUGGGGUGAAAUAUGGUCAGAGCACCAUCUAUGAUUCAGGCCAGUAUAAUGAAGAUAUAAUGAAAUUCAGAAGGAUGGCUCUUGGCAGCGGCGAUAGCUCGGACUACGGACCUUUCAGUGGAGACUACAGCUCUAGAGUGGUUUCUGGGCCUCAAAAGAUUCCGUGGAAGCCUCGGGACAGUUCAAGCGAGUUCACGAGUGGUGAAUCCGAGACUCGAGCUAUGAACCCACUAAGCUCAGAGAACCGAUUUUCUGGGGCCCAAGGGGGUUACGGCGUGCGUAGGUUCGGUUGAAGGCGACAAGACAUGCACACCUGUGCACAUGAGCUCCUUCCCACCGAAUAUAUCGAACAUGCAGCAACAGUGGAAGGCCCCCGCUGAAUGUAAGGCCUCUGCUCGAUCUUCCCGUGAGAUUAACGACCAGGACACCGAUGUGUGAUAUGUUGUUUCAUUUUGUUUCCCCAAAUGACUGGCAGUGUCGGUCGGGGCACGGGAAACGUGUAGACUGUGAGUCGGAUUCAAGAGACCCUUUUCGAGUGACAAAAGAAGCAUGCACGAUAUUAGGAGUUCAUCAUGUUAAUCCACGGGUACAUUUGCUACAAUAAGCUAUUGAGAGUGACCCCAUUGUGAAUUUUUGCUAAUUUUUCUGGACUAAGGAAGUGGGUGUCUGUUUAUAGUU